AUUAGGGCCCGUCCGCUUGAAUAAUGCAAAAAGGGCAGCGCCGGCAAACAGCAUUAUCUACCGCUUGUCCGUCAACGCAGCACGAGCCAGAGAACACACGAGCAGCGCUGCCACGAGCCCUGCUUGUGACUGUGACUGAGGCGGCGCGGCCAGAUUUAUUCCCCAUUCCCCUCGAAAACUAAUGCAACUUUGAUGAGCGCGUUUAACCCGCUCGUGUCCGUACCAUAAACCUGCCAAAGCGCUGUCAGCCACGUCCACGCGCAGCACGAGCGCGCAUCCUCGCGACAAAUGGCAGAUGGCGGCAAAUUAGGCUAGGGCUUCGCGAUUUGACGUCCCCGCUGAUUGACGGCUGAGCCCCGCCCACGCCGCGACGCGUUCACGGGCAGCCCGGCCCAAUGGGCGCCGGCCUGCCGCGCUUCCCUGCCCGCCUCUCCGCCUGUGGCUCAAUGGCUCUGUUUUGUGCGCACAUGUGACCGCAGAGGCGCUUACCGCUAUUUAAACAUCGCCCGGUGCUGAAGCGAACAGCUCCGCGCGCAGAUAAACAAACCCGAAAAUGGCUGGUUCGGCUUCGUGCUACGGCCGCGUCGGAGCCGUUUUCUCUUUGUAACCCGGGAUGAACGUGUCCAUUUUUCCCAGACGAGCAUCACCCUUGACUUACUUUACGCCGUUGACCUCAGAGGAGCCGCGUUCGUCUGCGCGAGCCGCAGCCUGGCGGAUGCCGGGACACCUGUAGCUGCAUCCGAACCGCCCGAAAGGAGACGGAGGUCGGAUUGUUUCACGUGCAUUCGCAUCCGUCCUGCAGGAGAAGCGCUCCGGGGCUGUUUGAUCUCCACUGAGGAAGAACAAAGGUGGCCCGAAGCUUCCACGGACGCCCGUUUCUAAGCGCGACACCUGCUUUUUACGUAGAGAUCUACGCCGAGGGGAUUUGCGGAGAUGGGGACGUACUCCACAUCCGAGGACCGCGUCUGAAGCGGCGGCUCUAGCGGCUCGCUGCCUCCUCCGUUUGAUCGUGCGCAAGUUUCGAGGCUACAGGUUGUUUUUAUUCAGCUAUGGGGAAGGAGGAGUGUAAGACAAUGCUGGACGCUCUGAACAGAGUCACCGCCUGCUACAGGCAUUUGGUCAUCGCCCUGGGGAGCACGUCGGACUCGCAGAACCUGCGAGAGGAGCUGAAGAGGACGCGCAAAAAGGCCCAGGAGCUGGCGGUGGCCAACAGGACUAAACUGACGUCUCUGCUCAAAGACAAGUCCAUCAGCAAAGAGGACCGCGCCGAGUACGAGCGCCUGUGGGUGCUCUUCUCCAGCACCAUGGAGCUCCUGGAGGUGGACAUGAAGCGCUCUCUGGAGAUCGGGCAGGCGUUCCCCCUCAAGGUGCCCACGCGCCACCUCAUCCAGACGGGGAUGGCGGGCAGCACCACCAGCGUGGCGGCGCGGGCCAUGAGCGUGCAGAACAUGAAGUACGACGCCGACAGCAACAUCGACACGGCGGACCUGCGCGACCUGCAGUCCGAGAUCACCCAGGUGAGCCACAUGAUGGAGGAGAUGGAGAUGAAGGUGCAGGUGGCGCCGUGGGCCGUGGAGGCGAAGCAGGAGGCGGGCGCCGAGCUCAAGUCCAACAUGAGCGUGGGGAACUCCUCCGUGGGCGUCAUCUCCAUCUGCGAGGAGGAGCCCAAGGAGGAGGAGAGCGGCGGCAGCAGGGAGGCGGGCUACGGCUCCGUCUGCGCCGUGGUCGUCUUCGUCGUGGUCCUGGCUGUGGCGCUGGUUCUGGGAUACCUGGUCGUCAACAUGUCCUGAGCUGCGUGACGCCAGCGGGCCGCCCCGACCCCUGGACCCGCCGGCAGCCCCCCCACAGGGAGGAGGUCACCUUACGAGACUCGCCUGUCGCACCCGUGAAUGUAUUGGGUUCAGCUGAGGAGUUGCACUAGAUGAGAUGUAGAACAACGGAGCCGGGUCGGGCCCGACGGGGGGAAACGUCCAGGACAUAAACAACACGUAAUCCGAGUGGAUUAGUGCAAAAGCUGAAGCGUAGAUGUAGCCUACUGCUAAGUACUGGCCCGGAUGUCCUGCUGAGAGACGCUCCGCUCUCAACUCCACUGUGUGAUUCCAGAUGUGUGCAGACGUGCAGGGGCCACAGUCAGUCUCCUCUACUGCUCACUUCGCAGGCUGCAACGUCCCGCUGGCACAGACUGAGCUGUAGCUGUAGCGCCGUAGGCCUGCGUCUUAGCGUCACUGUGCCCCACGGGCCUCGGCGCCGACGAGCGCAGCCUGUUCCAGGGUUCCUCUCUUGCAAACGGUGUUGAAUGUAAACGUGGCAUCGUGUGACGAGACGUUUUGUACAUGCAGUCCGCUGCCGUGUCAGAUAUCAUCCAUGCAGUGAAAGUAUAUUUAUUACAAUAACAUUUUUAAACACAGUGGAAAACGUG